UCUCAACCACUUCUCUCCAACAAUCCUCCCAAAACAUUCCAAGCUUUCAAUUUGUGUACUGACGACCGCUGUGGUCUGUCUUCGGCUUCUUCACCUGGAAAAGAUGGAGGUUCGAAGCGAGAACGAAAUGGUUACCGACGUCAAGAAAGGGCCGUGGACCGAGGAGGAAGACGCCGUGCUCCGAAGCUACGUCGAGACUCAUGGCGAAGGCCGGUGGAACUCCGUCGCUUAUUUUGCCGGCUUGAGAAGAACCGGCAAGAGCUGCAGACUAAGAUGGUUGAAUUACCUGCGACCCCAAGUCCGACGCGGAAACAUCUCUCUUGAAGAGCAGCUCAUCAUCCUCGAACUCCAUUCUCGCUGGGGCAACCGGUGGUCGAAAAUCGCGAAACAUUUGCCGGGGAGGACCGACAACGAAAUAAAGAACUAUUGGAGGACCAGAGUGCAAAAGCAAGCCAAGCAGCUGAAAUGCGACGUGAACAGCCAGCAAUUCCGGGACACGAUGCGCUACGAGUGGAUGCCCCGGUUGGCUGAGAGGAUCCGGGCCGCCGAAUCCAGGGGUCGACCCGCCUGCCUCCCUGUAACUUCUUCCAAGGAACCGAUAUUCGACAAUCGAGGGGCCCGCAUGGCUGAGCUCGAGUCGGGCUGGAAGGACCCGAGCUUCGUGCCCGAGUUGUCGUCGGGGAUUUCGUCGGACUCCUCCUCCGAAGCCCAAGUUUCUCCGGUUUCGGGACUCACUGAGUGCUACAAUUUGCCCAAUGGCUCGACGACCGGGCCCGGAAGCGGGGCUGGGUAUUCCGGUUGGGAUAUACCGGCUCAAGACGAUAUCAUGAGCAGCGAGUUACUAUUGGACGGCGGAGAUUCGUGGGAUAGCCUGUGGAAUGAAGAGAACAUAUGGUUCUUGAGACAGCAGCUCUCCGACGACCACUUCUAGAAGGAACUUGCAUAUUUCUAUUUUUUUAUUUCUAUUUUUAUUCCUUUCAUUAGGUGGGGGUGAAAAAAAAAAAGGAAGGGAAUUUGCUUACGUGACGUAGUUUGGCACUUAGUUGAGCUUGGGGAAAGAUUGAUCCAGACCAGACAUGACGUGGCAAAAGAAAAUUUUGUUGAGUCACGCUUUGCAGAUAUCCAAUGUACGAUCUUGUAUCAUGGUUUCAAAAGUCGUUUGAUGUCGAAACCGGAUGUUUAUCAUUAACUUUAUUCAACGUGACGAUAAUGCUUCA